AUGGUGACGACCGCCUCCAGCGAACUCACCCCGAGCAGGUUCUCACCACCAGCUUCGGACGUACUCUUCCCGCCCCAACCCGAAGAAAAGGGCAACAGGAAGGCACAUACUUUCAAGCUGUGGCGCAAGAAGCCAUCUGCACCCACCAUCGCAAAUGGUCGUAUUCCUCCACUAGCUCGAAGGACUGCGCGAUCGCCUAAGAAGACUUUCUCCAAAAGCCAAGCUCUCCUUCAGGACGGCCUCUCGGAAUCUGAAAUAUUGAGCUCCGACGAUGAGCGCGAUGUCCAAUUACAGACGCAGUGGAAGCAUGCUUCCGCCAGCAUAAAGGGAACCAAGCACAUUGGGCGAUCGCAGGCCAGAGCCGCUUCGGGAGACCGCCCGACCAGACUUACGGCGUCACGACAGCAGGAGCUUAUGUUCAUCAAAGGAAAGAUGAAGGAAUUCGAGAUUUCGCUGCCCGAGCUCAUUCGCACAUGCUUCGAAGACUCUACGGUGAAUGUGUCCCGCGGAUUGGCAAGGCUGACGGAAUUGUUGCCUCUGGUACAACGAAGGAUGGAGAAGGAGCGUGCACUCAAGCGUGGUAAUGGCGAUAUCAGGGCGAUUCAGCAGAUUGCAGAGCGCACAUGGCGGACGAGUGGUGGGAAUGGCAUGAGACCAUCAGUGCUGAAGCUGGUUUGA